ACACCUAUUUUGUACUGGUUUGUGCUGUGCAUAUUGUGCUGCAUCAUACGGUUUGUGUUAUUGAGGUUAAAAGGAAAAGAUAAAUGACAUGAAUAGUCAGAGAGAGACCGACUAUUUCUCUCUCUCUCUCUCUCUCUCUCUCUUUCUCUGACUAGUCAUGUCAUUUAUCUUUUCCUUUUAACCUCAAUAACACAAACCGUAUGAUGCAGCACAAUAUGCACAGCAAAAACCAGUACAAAAUAGGCGUGGUGUUCACUUGGGUUCUCAUAAAAAGCACUUCAAAGGAGCAGGUUGGAUGACCCAGACUGAUGAACUUAGAACAUGGCAGCAGUGAAAGCAUGCAAUAUCUUGAUCACCGGAGCCAACCGGGGCUUGGGCUUAGAAACUGUUAAGCAACUCUUGGAGAACUCCUGUCAAAAACAUAUUUUUGCUACCUGUCGUGACCCAGAUGGACCAAAGUCUGAGGCUUUGAGAGAACUGGCGAGAAAGCAUCCAAGGGUGAUCACUAUCAUACGUCUUGAUGUUGAUGAUCCGUGCAGUAUCAAAGAGUCUGCCAAAAAAGUGGGAUCUCUUCUGGGAAACAAUGGUUUGAACCUGCUUGUGAAUAAUGCUGGAAUCGUGGCAAGAGGCACAAUUCAUACCAGUCGUGUUGAAGACAUGAAAAACACCUUUAACACCAAUGUUAUAGGACCCUUAUUAAUCAUUAGGGAGUACCUACCAUAUCUACAAACAGCAGCCAAAGCCAGCGGGACACCAGGCAUGUCCUGUAAUAAAGCAGCUGUCAUCAAUAUCUCCUCUGUUGCGGGAUCCAUGACCAGAAAGCCUUCCAACCACAUCCAGUCCCCAGUGUUGCCAUAUUCCAUGAGCAAGGCAGGUUUUAACAUGCUGACUGUGUUAGCUGCUGAGGAGUUAAAGGCGGAUGAGAUCCUCUGCAUGGCCCUUCACCCAGGAUGGGUGAAAACUGAACUGGGUGGAGAAAAAGCACCACUUGAACCAAAAGAAAGUGUGGAGGGGAUGCUGCGUGUCAUUGGCAGCCUUACUGAGAAGCAGCACGGAGGAUUCUUGGACUACACUGGAGAAACAAUUCCCUGGUAAACCAGAAGAACGAUAUAUAAGAGGUCAUGAAAGGGCUGAUCCAGGUCCAAACUGCACUAUUUCAUCUAUUAUCCAUAUAAGGGCACAACAAAUCAUAAGCACAUUAUUUCAGGCCAAAUAGGUUUAUGCAAGACAAAUGACAAUUUUAUAACAUUUCAUACAAUAAAACACUCUGAUUAAUAAAGCAUUACUGUCUUUC